GGAGCGGUGCUGAUUUGCUGCUCCCUUCAAGUCCCGCCUGCGGCCACUUCUGAUUAGCCGGUUUGCUCCAGGGGCGGGACCUCGAGUCCUAGGAGAGCCGAGCCCCCGGCGUGUGUCUCUCGGGAGUUGCGGGCAGCGAGGAGGAGUUGUUAGUUGUGGUGUGUUCGGCCGCUCCUGUCCCAGCUCUGCUAUGUCUGACCCAGCUCAGCAACCUGCUUCUACAGCCCCUGAAGGGGAAGCCCCUGGUGGGGGUCCCCCUGAGCCACCCCCUAAUCUGACCAGCAAUCGUCGGCUGCAGCAGACAGAGGCUCAAGUGCAGGAGGUGGUUGAUUUAAUGCGUGUGAAUGUAGACAAGGUGCUGGAACGAGACGAGAAGCUGUCGGAGCUGGAUGACCGGGCUGAUGCUCUUCAGGCUGGGGCUUCGCAGUUUGAAAGUAGCGCAGCAAAACUCAAAAGGAAGUAUUGGUGGAAGAACUGCAAGAUGAUGAUCAUGAUGGGAGUGAUUUGUGCCAUUGUGGUUAUGGUGAUUGCAAUCUACUUUUUUACUUGAAGGUAGCUCCUUCAAUCUGCCUGUCACCUUGCCUGUUUCCUUUUGCCCCAGAUCUUUCUUUCCCUUUCACCUAGCUUCUUCAUUUCUUUCUGUUUAAUUUGUCUAGAACUCUGAAGCACUCUACUAAACAUGGUUAGAUUCUUCAACAGCUGCUGCAGCUUUAGGCAGGGUCAUCUGAGUUUAGAGGAGAGGGAAGUAGAGGAUGAGCAGGCAGGUAUUGCUCCUGCUUUUCUGCAGAGAAUCCUUGCAGUUUAAUUUCAUAGGAGCUUGUCAAAUAGUGCUUGGGCGAGUUCUAGGAAAAUCCGGAUGCCUUAACACAGUGCCUUUGGGAGUGAAGGACUUCAGCAUGUGAGAUCCUUUAGUAUCCUGCCUCAAAGGAGUGGUAAGCAUGGCUUGAGCUUUUCACUGAGCUGCUGAAAAACAAAGGCAGGUUUGUGCUGCUCAGCUGCUGUGAGCCUUCCGACUAAGCUGGAUGUACUGAUGUAGAUUCCUCUAGUCAUGAGCACUUCAGUUAUGUAUUCUGCCUUGUCCUGAUCUCCAGAGCACCUGCUGUCUGAACGUGGCCACUUUGGUUAUUUUAAAGGAGAACCUACAUGAUUACCUCAGUCAGGUGCAACAGACUAAACACAGUGAAGUGAAAGGAGUUUUGUUGCUGUCUAAAAGGCAGUGUUGGGAGUGAAACCUCCUACUAGAAGGAACGAAAGACCAACAGUAAGGAAUGUGGUGGGGGCAGGGGUCUUGUAUCCCUUUCAUCUAUGCAGACGCCAGCCAGGAUCCUGUGGCUUUUUACUGUCCUGUAGCUUUUUCCAAGUCGUUGUGGGUAGUGGUGGAAUUUGGAAUGGAUGCUUUGGUUUUGUGUUACUGGGUUGAAUGAGAAAGGAAGUUCUACUACAUAGCAGAUGCAGAUGAAGGAGUUUGGAGGUACUACAGACAUCUCAGUGAGUGGCUUGGUCAGUUUCAAGACUACCUUUCCUGUUUCUUCUGCCACAAAGCCCUAACUUUCAGCAGGAGCUAGAACACACUUGGAAUGGUUAGCUAGGGAUUCAGAAAUGCUGCUCUGGGGGUGGGUAUUGCGAAGUGACAGCAGAUGUUCCAGGUCAGCAGUUCAGAUCUCUACAGAUCUUGCCUAUCAAACUGCAAUCUCCUAUUUGCCAGGGGUUCUCUUGAGUUUGAUGGUCCUCACUGGAAAGAAACUUGCAGUAUGGAAUGCUGUGGCUCUCUGUAAGCAAGCCCCCUGUUCUUCUCUGUCUAAAAUAACAAGUUAUCAGUUGCUUGAAUGUGGUGUCUUACAUGAGGCUAAAUGAGCUGCCCUGCUCAUCAGUUUGAGGAAUGUGCCUCUU